AUGCUGAGCGUCCUUGAGAUCAAUGAUAAUGACCUGGAGCAAGCAUUCAAGCCGUCCUUCGAUCGUGUCAUGGCUUCUAAACCAUCUGAUCAGAGUUUAGCCAGACACAUUCUUACUUGGGUUAUUUAUUCAAGACAAGAUUUGACCCGCGAUCUACUUUUGGAAGCUCUCGAUGUAUCACGAAGCCGCAACGAUUACCAUGAACAAUGGAAGCUGGAUGCAGAUUCCCUGCUCCAGGUCUGCUGUGGUCUCGUCAUUUUGGACCCUGAGAAGGGAACGUUUCGUUUAAUCCAUGAUUCAAUUCGACAAUGCGAUUCGAUGGUGGAACUGGGAUUAAGUCAGCUUAAAGCAGAAAUACCCCGAGUUUGUUUAGAGUCCCUUCUCAGGGAAAAUAUCGAUAACUACAGCGGCUUGCUCCUACCUUAUUCAGCAUCAUUCUGGGCUUUUCAUCUUCGAUCUGUUGGCGAAAACAUCGAUGGGAAUCUAGAGGACUUGACUAAAAGAUUUCUCUUAAGUCCUUCGAAGAUUACCCGGGCUUUGGGCCUUGUUCGUAUAAUUAGCCCUGGGUACGACAUCGGAAACAUCACUGGGUUCCAUGCUGCUGCUUUCUUCAAUCUACCUGACUGGAUCAGAAACUUUGAAGAAUACCAAAUUCCUGUCGAUGAGGUUUCUGCAGACGGAAAGACGGCGCUUCAUUGGGCAGUGGCACAUGGCAGACGUGACCCAGUCAUUCAGCUACUUGUUCUCGGUGCUAAUCCAAACAUCCAGGAUUCCUCAAAUGAAACACCAUUACAUAAGAUUCCUCGAGGCUCCACCGAAAUAUGCUCAAGUAUUGCUCGCGAUCUAAUCAAAUACGGGGCGGACGUGACUAUACAAAGCAAGGGACAGUCACCUUUAUCCUUAGCUAUACAGUAUGGGCCUACCUCACUCGCUAGGCUCUUCAUUAAGAGCCAAAAUGAUGUCAACAAAGAGAUUUCUACUGGUUGGACUUCUUUAAGGGAGCUGUUCUAUCAUGGUUACUAUAUCGGUACAUGGCUGAGAGACCAGGGGGGAGGAUCAGGACAAAGUCGGCGGGGGGGCGAAGUAAAAAAGCAUUUACAUGGCUUGCUUGACUUGCUACUGGAGAGAGGGGCGAGACUGAAUGAAGCAACUUCUGACAAUUGGCUUCCUCUACCAGCUGCUGUCAGACUUGGGAGCGCCUCUAUUGUUGAGAAGCUACUAAGUCAUCAACCAAACCCAGCUGAUAGCAACGUACGAGAUAAGCAAACGGGAGAGACACCUCUUAAGACUGCCCUUACCUACAACAGACGGAAAGAAGCUCGACUCCUACUCCAGCAUGGGUCAGAUGUCAAUGAGGAUAAUGAGGAUGGCUGGAAACCAUUGAUUCACCUAUGCCAGGUGAACGACCACGAACUGGUCCAAACAGUAGUCGAAAAGGGAGCCCGGCUUGAUGACAUUGACAGUAAAGGCCUCCCAGCACUCUCCUAUGCAGUCAAAAACAACAACAAAGAUAUUGCUUGGCUCUUGAUGACGAAAGGAGCCGACGUCAACAUUCCAGGACCCAAAUCUAAGCAGAAUCUGGAGCGAGCCCUUCAACACGAUGAUUACUCUAUUGCAUGGCUUUUAUGUGAACACGGUGCCGCCGUCGAAAGGCAAGAUGACAGAGGCAUGACUCUUUUGCAUCGCGCAUCCCGUAAGGGAAACCUACGACAAGUCCAAUUUUUGAUGGACAGGGGGCUGACUCUGAGUACUGGCGACGAAAAUGGCCAAACUCCGUUACAUCAUGCGGUCGAAGGAGGAUCAGAGAAGGUUGUACACUUCCUUGCCUCCAGAAAUACGGGGCCUAGGACUCUUGACAAACCUGACAACUACGGAUCCACUGCCCUGAUGCUCGCUAUAUUGAAGAUGAACUUUCCAAUGGCCCGGACCCUCCUACGCCACGGCGCGUCUUGCGAAGUGAAAGACCACAAUGGCAUGGCACCUAUCCAUUCAGUAGCGCAAUUAGGAUGGCUAGAAGGCCUUCGAGCUGUCAUUCAACAAGUGAAAAACAUCAACAUGACCGACAACGUGGGCAAUACUGCUGUUCAUCAUGCCGUCUAUGGAGAGCAGAUCGAUAUAAUCCGCCACCUUGCUAGUCAGCAGGCAAGUUUGGAAGUUUUAAACAACAAUGGCUGUUCUCCGUUAAUAGCAGCAGUUCUUCAAGAUAGCCCUGAUGUUGUUUGGGCAUUGCUUCGUAAUGGGGCAAAUGUACAUCGGAUAGGCAAGAAUGGUUGUUCAGCAAUCGACUUUGCCUCGUAUCGGGGAACCUCAAGGUCAAUGAACAUUUUCCAGACGGUGUUGAAACUACCAUGGUCUCAGGAUGACCCUAAUGGUUCUUAA